UAGCGUUUCCUGUGUUUGUAAACUGAGAAAAAUUGGAACUCCGACAAGAAAUAUUAAUCUGCAAAACUCAACUAAAUCUUAAGGCCUUGGCCCCUGAUUAUUUGGGUGAGUGUGGUCUCUUCUCACACCCCUCAUCCUGAGUGACCCCCCUUGACGCACCCCUUUACCCCCAAACACACACACGCAUUCAAACCACGCACCGGCGAUGACACACCAUCCCAACAACUCCGUUCGAGACCACAUGAAAUGGGCUGGAUUGCUGGGCUGUGAGACGGUGCUGUCCAGCAUCGCCCUGAUGCAGGCCAACAACAUGUCCGGCAGUCAGAAGAAGUUGACCUCACAGCACGGCCAGGGUCAGAGAGACAACAACAACCCUGAAAGCCACCAGCACCAGUCUCACGAGGCUCACCACGGCCACCACAACAACCACCAGGCCCACCACAGCCACAUGGUCCUGCCCUCGGGAGUCAGCUGCCCACCCCUGUUAAUCAGAAAAGAUGGACACUCAUUUCACACACCCAGGCUGCUCGAUGAGAAAGAUAUGCAGGCCAGCCAGAAUAUGCAAUCGACAAAGAAGAAGCACAGAAAAUCAGGAACACCCAACAAACUGAGAGAGAAAGUGGAGCAGGUGGAGAUGGAUAUUAACGGUGAUGAUGAUCAUGAUUCACUAGUACAGAAGAACUUCAUUUGUGAGCACUGCUAUGGAGCAUUCCGAAGUAGCUACCACCUGAAGAGGCAUAUCCUCACUCAUACAGGAGAGAAGCCGUUUGCAUGUGACAUAUGUGACAUGCGGUUUAUUCAGCGAUAUCAUCUGGACAGACACAAGAGAGUUCACAGUGGAGAGAAGCCCUACCAGUGUGAUCGCUGCAAUCAAAACUUCUCACGGACGGACCGUCUGCUACGUCACCGGCGUCUGUGUGGAGCGAGGACCAACCUUCCCAAGGAGGAGAACCAGUCAUUCUCCUGCGAGAGCAGAGGAGGAGCCUACUCCCAGGAUGCACCUGGGCACACGGCCACCUGGAGCCCCCUACAGCAGCAAAACAGCCGUCUGGCUGUCUAACCUCUGACCCCUCGGAGAAACUCCCCCCCCCCCCCCCCCCCCCCCCCCCCCCCAUCUAACACAGUCAGCAGUCCUCAGCUCAAUGAUGCCACAUACUGGAGCAGACCAGUACUGCGUUGUCCCUCAGCCCAGAUAAACCUGGCUAAGACAAAGACACCAAACCUUAUGCUGUUCUCAACACUGAGCUCAUAUCCUGUUGAUGGGAUGGUGAAUCAUUUUCUACUCGUUUUAUUCUCAUUUUUGUAUCGUUACGUACAUGGUACAAGACCUAGGGUGGGAGGGGUUUGGUCAAGCUGUCAUAUUACUAUGGCAAUAAUGGAUUCACAAACUAAUAUGUUGUAGCCUCAAUUGGACUAGUAUUUUUUGGACUGAAUGAUCCAUGGACACUCAAUGUAAGGUUGGCUUGGUCAAACCAAUAUGUUCCUCUGGCUUAGAUGUUUUACCAUUGAGUGUUUGUGGAAGCUCACCAUUGGGCAAAACCCCCAUUUUCUCCAAAAUACAAUACAAUAGAGGCAGGACACUUGUCCACACAAUUAAGCAUGUAUUUAAUGUAGCAAAAAAUGACAUUAACUCAUUUUUGACCAAAUGAGCAGUUACUGCGUUUUUGCUUGGUAGGGCAGAAUACUGAUCAGUAACCUAGGACACUCUUCUUCUUCCACAAGCAGCCUCAGUGUUCAUUGGCCAACCAGGUCAUACUAUGGACAUUUAAGUUAUUUUAAGGACAACGGUGAACAUGCAUCCUUGUGGUCUUGAACCACUCAGAUUCAUUCAAAGUUGGUUCUGUUGCUACUGCUUGUAGCUCGCUAGCUCCUGGACUACCUUGUUAGGGAAUGGUCAUCAACUAAUAGCUGAUCCAACCUUCAUGUAGAGACCAUUAGGGAGUUCAUGGCACAUUUCUUGUUCUCUGUUGUGUGUGUCCCCCACACAUCCAUCCAGUCCUUGUUAUGGGUUUGAUUCAAUGCUGUCUAAAUAUAUGUCACUUUGUCAUUUGUUACACUGUCCAUAUGUUGUUUAACUCUAGAACCUCUCAUAGCUACCGUUUCGGGCAUCGUGACCAUAGAAAUAUAAUUACUCAUGUCCAUUCUAUUACUCUAUUUCUAUGUUAAUGACCUAUAGUCUUGUCCGUGAAUGUUCAGGACUGUGUAUGUAGGCCUAUUCUAUAUUCAUUCACUCUGGAGAGUCUGUCUUUCCUAACUCUUGUGUUAUUUUAAUUCCUUGUUAUCAAAUGUCCUGAGUGCGUUGAUCCAGCUUGUCAUAUUUCAUAUGUCUGGUGUUUUGUUUUUUUAAGAAGGGGUCAUCGUAGGCAGCAGAUGAAGCAGGAUGGUUGACCUCUCAACAUUGACCUUCUCUGACAACAUGUUUGUGAAUGAAUACUUCCUCUAUAAUAUCAUACCAUGUUGUGUUUAUUCACCUCUGGCAUCUUCAGUGAAGAUGAUCAUUUCUGAUCCAAAAGGACACCUACAGCCUAGGCACUCCUGAGAGCAUUAGAUAAAUAUAACCAGUAUGGUAAUAGCUAUUGCUUCCACCUGUCUUGUGUUCAGAUCUACAGGCAUGGCUAGGCAGUAGGUUUGGAAUUCAGUAUAUCUCUACUCCAUGGGGUACUUUUCAUUCAAAUUUUUAUUGGAGUGUCUCAAGCUCCCUUAUGGUAGCCUGGUCCCAGAUCAGUUUGUACUGGUUUGCCAACUCCUAAGUAGACUUGCACAAGCGUUGACUUCUGCAAGCUGGAACAGCUCAUAGGUGCAUCUGGGUACAUUACUCAUCUGUAGCGUGAGGCAGCUUGAUAUACAAGUACUCCUCCUGGACAGGACUCUAGUCUAGUCUAAUCUAUCUCCUUGAUGCUGAGUGCCAAGCGGGGACGCACCAGGUCCCAUUUUUACAGUCUUUGGUAUGACUCGGCUGAGGAUCGACCUUCCAAUCUCAGGGCGGACACUAAUCACAAGGCCACUGAGUCGGUCAUUGUCAUAUCAUCGACCGUGGGACUGGGAUAUACAGCACCAACAGAUCUGGGACAAGGCUAUCAUGAUGACAUUCUGUAUCUAUAAACACUGGAGUGAGGAAGCCUGAAAUAUAGGAGAAACAACCGUUAUCUGUAUAGACACCGGGGUUUUAUAGAGGACCAGUAGUUACUAUUGCAUCACUGUCAGACUGUUGUGUCAAAGGAGUUUCAUGGUAGUCAGUUUUCUACUGCUAAAUUUAUUUUAAUAUAUAUUUUAAAAUGUCAUUUAAAUUAGGAGUAGAGGCAGAACUGCCACUAGUGCCUGUCUAGUGUAGCUGUUAUGAUUAGUCCAUUAACUUUUUUAUUACUGGUAGUUUUGCAUGCAUUUGUGAUCCCCUAAGUUAAAUGAAGUGAUCUUGUUUUUGGUAAAGACAGUAAAAAUGUUUUUGGGGUAAAAUUAGGUUUUGUUUUUCAAAUAAUAACUUUGUUAUUGUCAUGAUUCUAGUCCCCAUCACAGGCAAAUGGAAGUCCUUUUUUGACCUGGUAAGACAUACUGUAGUGAAUGGAAAACUAGGGCAUCAAGCUUAAAUAAAGAUGUUUCUCUUUUUAAAGUUUUUAAA